CUGAUUAAAUCAAAUCAGCGAAGAAGAUGCGCUGCAGCUGUUAAUCAUAAGAGUGUGUGACUGAGUGGUAAUUUUCGCUCAUUAUACUGACAUCUAUUCAGUCUUCAGUUUCAGGUGGGAGUUGGUGCAGCUGCAAUGAUGUCCAAGCAGAGCACAUGGACUGCAGCAGUGGCCACUAUGUUAGGAGCCACUCUCGGUGGUCUUUUCCUCUGGCGCAGCAUCCGCACUCAAAAGAAAAAGGCCCUCAAUGGCCCCUCUUCGGCUGAGCCUGUACAAGCCCAGCUAGAAGUGGAAAUCAUCCCCUCACCAGAGUCGUCGGCACCACCACAAACCCAGAAGCCUCUGCGUGCACAAACACUGUUAGAGGUGCCGCCCGUGGUCGUGAGUUCUCUAGACGAGUGGGAAACGCUUUGGCCUGCGUUUCAAAAGGACCUUUCGAUUUGUCCGGUUUUGGGCUUGGACUGUGAAUGGGUAAAAAGUGUGCGUGUGUCGGUCAAAGGCAAGGCCUGUGCGGUGUCUUUACUUCAGAUGGCGACGUUUUCCGGCCGCUGUAUGCUGGUCAGACUGCUGACGUUUCGUAACGCGCAGAUUCCUCUACCGAAGGCUCUCGUGGGGGUCCUGUCUGACCCCUCUGUGCUGAAGGUCGGGGUGGGAUGUUAUGAGGAUGGGAAACGCUUGACCCAUGAUCAUGGUCUGACUCUGAGAUGCACAGUGGACCUCCGUUAUCUUGCACUCAGACAGAAGCAAGCGGUGCUGAAUAACGGCUUGAGCCUGAAGUCUCUGGCUGAAGACCUGCUGAAUAUCUCGCUGGACAAAUCUCUGGAGCUGCGCUGCAGUGACUGGGAGGCAGAUGUGUUGACCCAGGAGCAGAUGACCUAUGCAGCACACGAUGCCCAGAUCUCCAUAGCCCUGUUCCUCCACCUGCGGGGGAUGAGCAAAGAGCCCCGUGUGCCCGCUGAGGGUGAAUCGGCGCUCGUCCCGCUGCUAGCCUGCUGUCAGGGACUGGUGGAUGUGCCGUUUAGGGAACGCCAUAGUGCUGGAGAGGGGGAGGAAGGGGAGAGGCGACGGCGGAGCCGAAAGUCCACAGUGGAGAGUCCUGAGUCUGGAGACCAGCAAGUUCCAGACCCACGGCGAAACAAACGCAAACCACUGGGCAUUGGCUACUCGGCCAGGAAAUCCCCCCUUUAUGAUAACUGUUUCCUUCAUGCUCCUGAUGGUCAGCCACUCUGCACAUGUGACAAGAAGAAAGCUAAAUGGUACCUGGAAAAGGGUAUAGGAGAAUUGGUCAGUGAAGAUCCCUUCAUCGUCCGGCUGCUGUUUGAGCCGUCAGGGCGUCCCGACUCGCAGAAAGACUAUUACCUCACAGCCAAAGAGAAUCUCUGUGUGGUGUGCGGGAAAGCAGAGUCUUACAUCAGGAAGAACAUUGUCCCACACGAGUAUAGGCGCCACUUCCCGGCUGAGAUGAAGGACCACAACUCGCACGACAUACUGCUGCUGUGCACCUCGUGCCACGCGGCCUCAAACGUGUACGACGGGCUCCUGAAGCAGCAGCUGGCCGAGGAUCACUCCGCUCCGCAGGGCUGCGAGGAGGGCAUUCGGCUGCUCGAGGACUCGGACCGGCGCAGGGUGCGCUCGGCCUCACGGGCUCUCCUCAGCUCCAGCAACGGCAUGCCCCAGUCCAGAAAAGAGGAGCUCCUGUCGGUCAUCCAGAGCUUCUAUUGCAGCGGACAGCAGGAGGUCACGCAAGAGAUGCUUCAGAAAGCUGCAGCGUUGGAGACCAGGAUCUGUAACGAGAGUUAUGUUCCACAUGGACUGAAGGUAGUGCAGGCGUACGCCGAGCGCGGUCUGCGUGGCCUGAUGGAGCUGGAGCGCUGCUGGCGCCAACACUUUCUGACCAGCAUGAAGCCCCGCCAUUUGCCCCCUCUCUGGUCCGUCAACCACAACCAUGACAAAUAUCUGCGCAAGUAUGGCGAGGACCUUCAAAUCCAGCUCAAUUGAGCUCCUCGCCACCCAAACAAAAAGACUCUGUGCUACAACUGCUGGAAUAGGACGGUUCCCACUGUGUGUUUAACACCUUUGUGACCUGUCCUGUGUUGUUUGAGUGUGUACCAGAGACACUCGCUCUGGCCACAGGCAAGCCCUGGUGUUGACUUCCAAAUGAGAAAAUAAGACUAGACUGUGGCCCCAGUUUGAAUGGGCUCUAAGGGACCAGAUGGAGAUUGGGAAACAGACUCUUUGGGGAUCGGGAGCCACUGUGGUGAAACUCAAGGAUGGUGCGAAAACAGAAAUGGUGAUAGGUAUAAUAACAACGUAAUGCGCACACUUUUUAAUGUUUAAAAUGUUGAAAAGCAUUCUCAUUUCCCUGUGGAAAGUAGAUUCUACUGUAUUUUAACCAGCCCAAACCUGCUCUUCUUAUUUCUUAAUCCUUAAUUGAAUACAACAUUCAUAGGCAGGUUUGAGGCCAUAUUAAAUAUUAUGUCAAGCGUUAAAUCAGUUUGUCUUUUGAGGCUGUAAAAAAUGACCAUUUUUACUUAAAUGCCCAUAAUGGAGCUUUAUCAAUUCAGUUUAAAAUUUCAGGCUAUUUAGUGGGUUUUGAAGAAAACUUCCUUUGUCUUUGAAAGACUGGACCAAAUUAAGCCCAGCCUGGCACAUGUCGUCUAUACUAUAAUCUUUCUUGAAGUCAGGACACCUCUAAAACACACCAGAACAUCUUUCGGUGUGUGUGUGUGUGUAUGUACACACAUAACCCUGACCGAUUGAAGACGCGCUAAAAUGAUGCUGGAAGAAAUUCUCAACAAGAUUUCAUGGUGCCAGUUUGUGUUUCAUUUGCAUUUACAGCCAGAGAGAUUCAGCUCCAUGGAUGGCAACGCAUAUAAAUGGCCAAAUCAAGGAAACUGACGUCUGAGCCUAACAUUUAUAAUUUAACUUAAGAAACACUAAAGUUUUUUAUUUACAUUUGUCCAUAUGUAACCUAUUAAAAACUGCUGUGUUUCCUUAAUGUCAAUUAAAAUAAAUAAAAUUUCAAAUCUUAAGACUGAA